UGGAGUACUAUGCAGCCAUAAAAAAGGAUGAGUUCAUGUCCUUUGCAGGGACAUGGAUGAAGCUGGAAACCAUCAUUCUGAGCAAACUAUCACAAGGACAGAAAACCAAACACCGCAUGCUCUCGCUCAUAGGAGGAUGGGCUCCUGUCUGUCUUGUUCUCAGCUGUAUUCCCAGUACCUAGGACUGUCCCAGACACACAGCAGCCCUCCCCUGGCCCUGGACCCUCCAAGGAGACAGCGGCAGGAGCGCACGGUCUACACUGAAAGCCAGCAGAAAGUGCUAGAAUUUUACUUUCAGAAGGACCAGUACCCGAACUACGACCAGCGACUGAAUCUGGCGGAGAUGCUCAGCCUCAGGGAGCAACAGCUGCAGGUGUGGUUCAAGAAUCGCCGCGCCAAACUAGCUCGGGAGCGGCGGCUCCAGCAGCAGCCCCAGCGCGUCCCUGGGCAGAGAGGCCGAGGAGCCCGCGCUGCGCCCCUAGUCCCUGCGGCCUCUGCCUCCGCACCUCAGCCGGGCCCCUCGGGAAUGCUUCCAGCGGCGGAACCCACGAUCUGCAGCCUCCACCAGGCCUGGGGUGGCCCUGGGUGCAGAGCCCAGAAGGGCAUCCCAGCUGCCCUGAGUCCAGGCCCUGGCCCAAUCCCUGCCCCAAUCCCAGGUCCAGCUCAGGUCCCGGGCCCAUUCCCUGACCCAAUCCUAGGCCCAACCCAGAUCCCAGGCCCACUCCCUGGCCCAAUUCCAGGCCCAAUUUCAGGCCCAGCUCAGAUCCCAGGCCCAAUCCCAGGCCCAAUUUCAGGCCCAGCUCAGAUCCCAAGCCCGAUCCCAGCCCCAAUCCCAGGCCCAAUUUCAGGCCCAGUCCAGAUCCCAGGCCCAUUCCCUGACCCAAUCCUAGGCCCAACCCAGAUCCCAGGCCCACGCCCUGGCCCAAUUCCAGGCCCAAUUUCAGGCCCAGCUCAGAUCCCAGGCCCAAUUUCAGGCCCAGGUCAGAUCCCAAGCCCGAUCCCAGCCCCAAUCCCAGGCCCAAUUUCAGGCCCAGUCCAGACCCCAGGCCCAUUCCGUGGUCCAAUCCCAGGCCCAAUUUCAGGCCCAGCCCCGAUCCCAGGCCCAAUCUCAGGCCCAAUCUCAGGCCCAAACCCAGGCCUGAUCCCAGGCCCAAUCCCAGGCCCAGCCCAGAUCCCAGGCCCAAUCUCAAGCCCAAACCCAUGCCCGAUCCCAGGCCCAAUCUCAGGCCCCAUCCCAGGCCUGAUCCCAGGCCCAAUCCCAGGCCCAAUCUCAGGCCCAGGCCCAGUCAUAGGCCCGAUUCCCAGCCCAGCCCAGAUCCCAGGCCCAGGCAGACUCCAAGGCCCAGGUCCCAUCUUAAGUCCUGGCCGGAUGCGAAGCCCUGGCUCACUUCCAGGCCUAGCCCCGAUUUUAGGCCCGGGCCCAGGCCCAGGCUCAGGCUCAGUCCCAGCUCCAAUCCCAGGCCCAGGAUCACUCCCAGCCCCAGCCCCCUUAUGGCCUCAGAGCCCUGAUGCCUCCGACUUCUUGCCAGACACCCAGUUAUUCCCUCACUUCACAGAGCUGCUCCCACCCCUAGACCCCUUGGAGGGAUCCUCAGUCUCCACCAUGACCUCUCAGUACCAAGAAGGGGAUGACUCUAUGGGCAAAAAACACUCAGAGUCUCAGUACCAAGAGGAGGGUGGCUCUGUGAAUGAAAAUCACUCAGGCCCCAGGUCAUUUCUGAAUUUAUAG